GUCACGCACACCAGUUGUGUGUCAAGUUGACAUUGACAACGCAGAUAACCUCAAAUAUUUCCCAGUUGUAAAGUGUAAUUGUGUGAUAAAAAAUAAUGACGGCAAUAGACCGGGUGCGUAUUAUGGUGUUGGGCGACUCCGGCGUUGGCAAAACCUCCUUCGUCCACCUUGUCGCACACAACGAGCCCAUAAGGUCCCCCAGUUGGACGGUCGGGUGUUCAGUGGAAGUGAAGCUCCACGAGUACAAGGAAGGGACAAAGGACCAGAAAACCUACUUUAUUGAAUUCUGGGAUGUGGGCGGAAGCAAUAAUCACAGAAACACAAGACCUGUAUUUUACAACCCUUGCCACGGGGUGAUUCUAGUUCAUGAUUUAACAAACCGAAAGUCCGAAUUGAAUCUCCACAAAUGGUUGCAAGAAUUGAUAAACCAUGACGUUAAUCAAACAUCGCUAACUUCAAUCAGUAGCAUGGAUGAAUACGACCCAGAGAAUUUCUUUGGUAAUACUCCAAUGCCCAUUCUUGUCAUUGGGACGAAGCUUGAUCAGAUUGAUGAGAGGAAAUCUACGACAGGUACUUUUGCCAGCCAGUUUGGGGCCGAUGAAAUCAUCCUGGACACGCGACAGGCGCGAUAUCUCGCAGCUGGUUCCUCAAAUGCUGUUAAAUUGUCACGGUUUUAUGACAAAGUCAUUGAAAUGCGCUACCAGUCCCAGAAUCGCUCGUUUAACGAACGAUUUGGAAGCAAUAGCGUGUCACCAGUAUUGCCAUCAAAGUUUUAUUCGCCCCAUCAAGACUAAAGACUGCUUUUUAUCCAUAUUUAUAUAUUUUAUUUGUAACACUUUUUAAUAAAAUAUCGGGGUCCUAAACAAAAACAUGGUCAAGAGUGCUGUGAGAAUUUCAAGUGAUUAGAUAAUAGAUUUCUGUAACAAUGAAUGAUGGACACAAGUGUUAUUAAAAUUUUCAAAGCACUCUUGACGCGUUUUUAUUGAGACCCCCUUUACAAUUAACAAUAA